AUGGAAACUGGAGAAGAGAUAGUAAUUUUACCAUAUGACGAUGAUAACAUAAGUGAUAAGACGGAGAAUAAAGCAGAAUCGAGUAUUGACAAGAAUGAGGAAAGGAAAUUUCAAGAAGAAAUGGAAUCAAAAGAGACAGAGCACAGUGCUCAGGAUGAGAAGGUAUUAGAAGAUGAUCAAAUCCAUGGUGAGGAUCAAUCCAUUCCAUUUACUGUUUCACCAACAAAUCAACAGCAGGAAGGUUCUGAUAAAGCUCAAGAAAUAGCACAACCUCAUCUACGAAAACGACAGGUACCAGAAUCGGAUUCAGACCAUCCAAAUUCAGCAAAAUCUACUGCUUCCCCACCGAAUCAGGUAGAUACCACACCAUCAGAACCUUCUGAAUCACAGCAAGCUUCAGCGUACAGUGGAAAGUAUCAAAUCGUCGGUACUGGUAUGAACAAAUGUAUGCAACAACUUGCAAUAUCACUUGCUGGUGAAGCUCUGACUCAAUUCCAAAAUAAUUUAAUGCUCGUUUCACGGCAUGUAAUGAUGAAUUUUGAGCAACGAUUUGGACAAGUUUGGCAUUGCAUAGUUAGUGAAGGCAAUUUGGGAUUCUAUAUGCGUUAUGAUCCCGAAAAUCAUAUUUAUUUUACUUUUGAGAAGUACACUUUUUUCCUCUACAAAGUUUAUCAAAUUUGA